CAUGAAAUUGGUUUCCAUUGUAAAAAUUUUCGCAAUAAUAAGUUUUGUCUACUGCAAAACAGCAACAAUUACUGUUGAUAUGAACAGAAUAGGAGAAAUUGAUAAAAGGAGAGUAUCGUUAUCUUGGAUAAAAUUAUCGACCAUAAAGAAAUUUAAGCAAUUAUCAUUUGGUUAUAAUGUUAGUAGUGAAUUGUAUUUGGAAUAUGCAUUAAUGGCGAUGAUAUACAAAUCUGAUAAAGUGGAAAAUAUAGGCAUAGAAAGAAUCACUCAACUUAUUAUAUCUAUACUUUUAAUAAUCGUAACAUUCUUUUUAAACUUAAUAUUUGCGUUUGUUUUAUUCGGUCAAUAUUAUAGACCACCCAAUACCAUUGAAAGGGAUGAUCAAAUUGAUAAUCAAGAGGGAGAAUGUAAAGGCCACACUGAAAUUAUAUUUCAAAAUCCACCCGGAACCCAAGGGCAAAGAUUGCCACCCACUAUGGUAACUGUUGGGAAAGGAGAAGGUGGCCAGCAGGAUAUAUAUUUAUCCUUUCCACCUAAACCUGCUCCGGCGCUAGACGGAACGUUAGAUAAUCGCGACGGUGUCACUUUCGCUGAUUAUUAUACAGGAAGACCUUUCUUCGACGUAAGAUACGGUGCAAAGCAUCCAAAUUCCAGCAUUGUAUCAGAAAUUAAGCCGUCGCCUUCUUCAUUUGCCAAAAAAGAUUCAAAUAACAUUAUUGUUACAAUUGAUAAAAAGAAUCCAAACUCGAAGCUUAAAGCCUAUAUAAAAGAUAAUACAGUUCUCGUUAUUGGAGGUGGUAUUGCAGGAUUAACUGCUGCUAAAAUCCUUAAAGAUAGAAAUGUUUCAGUAACGAUUUUAGAAGCCAGUAAUCGAAUUGGUGGAAGAAUAAGAACCUAUAGAGAGGAAGCAAACUUAACAGUUGGUCAAUUUUUUCAAAUUAUUGACGAAUCUAUAUUAGAUAUGGGAGAGAAAUUUGGGUGGAUAGAGACUGUUAAACGAUUAGAUAAUGUUACAGUUAAAGCGUAUUUAAAUAUGUGCUGCAAUUUUUCUAAAACUGCAAUAGAAUUCCUAAUAGUCAUACUAGAACUGGAGAGUUUAUUAAAUUAUAGUAUGGUUGAAUUGUUUAUGUCUCAUUAUGCUCUAGGUUCUGAAAUUCCCCAUACAAUCCCAGAUGGUUUAGAUCAAAUACCGAACGCCCUGUUUCGCGAAUUGACCCAAUGCACAGCUAUUCAUUUUUAUUCGAAAGUCUUCAAGAUUUUCACAAAUACUACCAAAGUUUGCGCAAUAACUAUUGAUAAUAGUACAUAUUGUGCAGAUGGAUUGAUAUUAGCCGUUCCGUUAGGUAUUUUAAGAUCAAUUAAAUUCUCACCAGGAUUAAAUUAUGAACAAAAUCGUCUAUUCAAUUCUCUACCUUUUGUACCAGCUAUAAGAAUGUUAACUCAAUUUAGAACAUCAUUUUGGAAAGGGAUAGGAAUAGACGAAGAUAGUAAGAUAUUCAGAUGGCAUAAGGACGAGAAUACUUUAGGAGCAUUUACUCAAUGCCUAAGAAAACAAUGUAAUUAUCAUACACUCAUUAAAUUAAGAGAACCUUUCGGAAAAAUUCACUUUGCUGGUGAACAUACGUCAGAAUGGCACGGAUGGAUGGAGGGAGCUGUUGAAAGCGAGGGAAAAUGUUUUUUUCCCCGAUUAGAGAAAUUCAUUGAACUUAAUAGAUAA